AUGUCUUCUACUACUCCACUGGCGAUUCCAACGGGCUCCCUGGUCGUCGUGACGGGGGCUAAUGGCUUUAUCGCCAGCCAUGUAGUCGACCAGCUACUUCAACAAGGGUACCAUGUCCGGGGCACUGUGAGAAAUGCCGCGAAAAGCUCGUGGUUGAAUAGCUAUUUUAGUGCCAAGUAUGGCAGUGGACGAUUCUCCCUCGCUGAAGUUCCUGAUAUGUCCCACGAGGGCGCAUUCGACGAGGUCGUCAAGGGCGCGGCCGGUAUAGCCCAUGUGGCAACCCCUGUGAUGCAGUUUUACGACCCCAAUAUCGCCGUCCCUAUGGCUGUCAACGGAACCGUCAAUAUAUUGGCCGCUGCCGCUGCCGAGCCCACCGUGCGACGGGUGGUUAUCACAUCAUCCUCAACAGCGGCCGCUAGUCCACAGCCAAACAAAGUGUUCACGAUGGAUGAGAAAACUUGGAACGAAACAGCUGUCAAAGCUGCUUGGGCACCACCUCCGUACGAAGGAUCGCAGCGACUCCUGGAUGUCUAUUCCGCCAGUAAAACACAAGCCGAACAAGCCGCGUGGACGUUUAUGGAGGACCAUAAGCCCGACUUUGUCCUGAACACGGUGCUCCCAAAUGUCAAUAUGGGCACCAUCCUCUCACCGGAACAUCAGGGUUAUCCCAGCACGGAUGGUUGGAUUAAGGCAGUAUGGGAUGGAUUCCCAGGUGAAGAAGGACAGGCGCUGAAGUACAACCCGCCACAGUACUAUAUUAAUGUUCAGGAUGCCGCACGUGUGCAUGUCGCUGCUCUUAUUUACCCUGAUGUACAGAAUGAGCGACUCUUUGCAUUUGCACACCCCUAUUCGUGGAAUGAUAUCCUCGCUAUUCUACGCCGGCUGUAUCCACAGCAGACGUUUAUCGACGAUAUCCCUAAUCUGGGCGAAGAUAAGAGCAUCGUGGCCAACCAAAGGGCCGAGGAACUCCUAAAGAGAAUGUCGGGUCUCUCUGCUUGGACAAGCCUGGAACAGUCGGUCCAAGAUGCCACUACGGCGUGGGUAUAG